AUGCAGUUGAUCAUUGCAAUUUCAUUAUUAAUCAAUUUGUCAUUAGCAAAUAAUUGUUCCCAAGUUAAUAAUCAAACUAAUCAAUGUCAAUUCAUUAAAGACAAUUGUCAAAAUGAGAGUUUAAUCAAUUAUUAUGAAUUAUUUUAUUGUACUCAAUCAACUAUUAUUCCCUUUUUAUUAUGUCUAGCAUUAUUUUUCAUGGCAUUAGGAAUGACUGCACUGGAAUACUUAUGUCCAAAUCUUCAUACAAUUUCAAAGUCAUUUUUGAAAAUACCGGAUAAUUUAGCGGGGUUAACUAUAUUAGCAUUUGGAAAUAGUGCCCCAGAUAUUUUUAGUACUUAUGAAGCUAUGAAAAUGAGAGAAACUAAUUUGGCUUUAGCUGAAUUAAUUGGUGCUUCUUUUUUCGUUUCAACGUGUGUAAUUGGAUGCAUUGGAAUUAUAAAACCAUUUGAAGUACCUCAAUAUUUAUUUGGGAAAGAUGUUUUAAUGUACAUUUUAGUGUAUGCCAUUAUAACAUAUGCAUUAUUAUCAAGAAGUUUAAAUUGGAUUGCUUGUACAGUUUUAAUAUCUUUAUAUUCAAUUUAUGUAUCAAUUGCAAUUAUAGGACAUUAUAGAAAAAAAUCAAGAAUGGCUGCAAUUUUAAGAGAUCGAAGAUCUAGAGGGAUAUUUGAAAAUUUAGAAGAUGAAAUAUAUCAUGAUGAAACUUCUCAUUUACCUACAAUUGAAGAUAUUGAAUUUCAUCAUGAUUAUGAAAUAGAAAGUGGGACAUAUGGAAUUAAUAAAUUAAUAAAAGAUUUAUCAAGUCAUUCAAAUUUGGUGGGACCAAUCCAAUUAGAGACAAAUGAGGCGGAAUUCAAUGAUAACGACUCUAAUAAAUUUUUGAAAGUAUUUUGUCCACAAUUACUUGAAGAAACUUCAAUUCCAAGAAAAAUAAUAUUACUUAUACUACUUCCAAUCUCAAUUUUGUUGAAAUUGACAGUCCCUGUUGCCGAAGAAAUUGACAAACUUUUAAUUGCACAAACAUUUCUUGGGACCAACAUUUUCAUCUUUAGUUUUAACUUAUCUUGGACUUUAAAAAUCAUAUUUGCUGCAUUAAGUGUUCCAUUUACUUUCAUAAUUUAUAAACUAAAUCGACUUAAGCCUGAUGCAAUAAAUUAUUUUAAAACAAUAUUUGGUACUAUAAUAUCAAUCACAUACAUUUCGUUAAUUGCGACCGAGAUCAUUAGCAUUCUUCGAGUAAUAUCAACAGUUUAUAAUCUAAGUGAUGAUUUAUUAGGUAUAACAUUAUUUGCACUAGGAAAUUCAAUUGGAGAUUUCAUCACAAAUUAUACAAUGGCUAAAUUAGGAUUUCCAAUUAUGGCAUUUGCUGCAUGUUUCGGUGGUCCUUUAUUAGCUCUUUGUUCAUUUGGAUUCAGUGGAAUUAUUGUAGGUGGAAGUCAUAUAUUGGACUUAUCAAGUAUUUUAUUUGUUGGAGUUAUAGCAAUAUUUUGGAAUAUGAUUGUAUUAUGUAUAUUAAUACCUAAGAAUGAUUGGAAAUUGGAUGAGAGAAUUGGAAAAAUUUUGAUUAUUAAUUGGUUAGUAACUUGUAUGAUAUGUAUAUUUAUUGAAUUUUUAAAGUAUAAAUUAAAUUUUUGA